AUGAAACUUUUGAGUCCUUGUGUCUGGCCUUCUUCUUCUUCUUCCUCUGAUUCUUCAACAGUAGGGAAACAAGAUGGACUCCUCUGGUACAAAGACUCUGGCCAUCACCUACUCGGUGAGUUCUCAAUGGCCGUUGUUCAGGCCAACAACCUUCUCGAGGAUCAGAGCCAAGUUGAGUCUGGCCCUUUGAGUACACUUGAUUCUUCUGGUUCUUACGGAACUUUUAUGAGCAACCAAGAAGCUGUUGACAUUGUUCACAACCACCCACGAAACGGGAUUGCACGUAGACUGGUGAAAACGGCACUGCAAGCAGCAGCGAAGAAGAGAGAGAUGAGAUACUCUGAUCUGAAGAAGAUAGAGAGAGGUGUGAGGAGGCAUUUCCACGAUGACAUCACUGUGGUUGUCAUCUUCCUUGAUGCCAAUGUCACACUCUCUUUGUUGGGUAUAAGGAUGUAUAAUUUCAACGUGAAAGCCACACACUACUGA